AGCUGGAUUUGGGAAAAGCCUUCCCUCCUCCUCCAGCCUUCACAUCCGGGUCAGUUGGGUUGGUUGGAGCUGGAUGCUGCCUUCAGGUCGUUUUUGAACACCGAACUGUCAAUACCGAUUUCUGAGACAUCGCAUGAAGGCAUCACAAGUUGAGCAGCUCCCAGUUAAUGCAAAGGCAGACUGAUGAUCCAGCUGCUGUGAGUGUGUGCGCUGACAUGGAUACAAUUGGCUUUUACUGUUGAAACUGGACACAUUACAGUGGUACGUUAACAGUGGAGGACUUCGAAGAGCGGUAAAACUUCUUCCACGGCCGCACUCAUGUGAUUUCCCCUUGUUUGAGCCAUGUCCAAGAGCCUGAGGAAGAGGAAGAACCACUGGACUAACAAAGUCCACGAGAGUGUCCUUUGCAGAAAUGAGGAGGGGGAGCUGGGACUGGAGUUGAAGGGCGGCGCAGAGAAUGGACUGUUCCCGGUUAUCGGCGAGCUUCUCCCGGGCAGAGCGGUCUGCCACAGCGGCAAACUCUGCCAGGAUGAACUCCUCCUGGAAGUCAAUGAUACCCCAGUGGCUGGACUCACCACCAGGGACGUCCACGCUGUGGUCAAACACAGCAAAGACCCCGUCCGAGUCAAGUGUGUCAAACAAGGGGGCGUAAUAGACAAGGACCUGCGCCACUACCUCAACCUGCGCUUUCAGAAAGGCUCGGUGGACCACGAGCUGCAGCAGAUCAUCCGGGACAAUCUCUACCUCCGCACCGUCCCCUGCACAACCAGGCAGCCCAAGGAAGGAGAGGUGCCUGGGGUGGAUUAUAAUUUCGUGACCAUUGAUCGGUUUAUGGAAUUGGAGAAAAGUGGAGCCCUGCUAGAGAGCGGAACAUAUGAAGAUAACUUUUACGGCACCCCGAAGCCUCCGGCUGAGCCCAGCGCUCUGCUGCUAAAUGUAACGGACCAGCUGCUGCCGGGCGCCAGACCCACCUCCGAGGGCAAGAGGAAGCGUAACAAGUCAGUCAGCAACAUGGAAAAAGCCAGCAUCGAGCCCCCCGAGGAGGAGGAGGAGGAGAGACCCGUCGUCAAUGGCAACGGUGUAGCUGUCACCCCAGAGUCGAGCGAACAUGAGGACAAGAGUACAGACGCUUCGGGGGACAUCGCCCCGCAGGGCAUCAUGGCGGAGGCCCCACCUGAGGCGCCUAAAGACGACGGACAGUCCCCGAAAAUGACACUACCCAAACCAGAUGAGAACGACGAGCUAGGGCCACUGCCAGACAACUGGGAGAUGGCAUACACCGAGAAAGGAGAGGUCUACUUCAUAGACCACAAUACCAAGACAACAUCGUGGCUGGACCCAAGGCUAGCCAAGAAGGCAAAGCCGCCCGAGGAAUGCAAAGAGGAUGAGCUUCCGUACGGCUGGGAGAAAAUCGAUGACCCCAUUUACGGCAGCUACUAUGUUGACCAUAUAAAUAGAAGGACUCAGUUUGAGAACCCAGUCCUGGAGGCUAAAAGGAGACUCCAGCAGCAGCAGCAGAUGCAAAGCCAGGGUCUGUCCUCACUGCCCCUUCCCACCAUCUACAGAGAGAAGCCGCUGUUCACGCGGGACCCCACUCAGUUGAAAGGCAGUUUCUUGUCCACAUCACUCCAAAAGAGCAACAUGGGCUUCGGCUUCACUAUUAUCGGAGGCGACGAGCCUGACGAAUUCCUCCAGGUCAAGAGUGUUAUCCCCGAUGGGCCUGCCGCAGCUGAUGGAAAGAUGGCCACAGGGGAUGUCAUUGUCUACAUCAACGAUGUGUGCGUCCUGGGCACCACCCACGCCGAUGUGGUCAAACUCUUCCAGUCGGUGCCAAUUGGCCAAAGCGUCACCCUUGUCUUGUGCCGUGGAUACCCUUUGCCCUACGACCCAGAGGAAGCUGCCAACACCAACAACAACACCACCAUCAUCUCUCCGCUGGGCAUCAUGGAGCAGCGGCCCAUCAUGGUGAACGGCAGGACGGGCUACGACAACUACCUGGACUAUCUCUCCCGCACGGCGCGCUUCGUCACAGACCCCGGUCAGGACCAGGUCAAUGCCCAGCAGCAGCUGCUCACCCCUCACCCGGGUGACACCCACUUGGACGGCUCGCUUCCUCCCACCACCGGCACCACACCUCCUGACAGCGUCUCCAUGGCGUCGUCGGGGGCGACCCAAGGGGAGCUACUGACGCUGACCAUGGUGAAGGGCAUGGAAGGUUUUGGCUUCACUAUCGCUGACAGCGCUACAGGCCAGCGAGUCAAACAAGUGCUAGAGCCUCUGGGCUGCCCGGGUCUAUUCGAGGGUGACCUGAUCGUGGAGAUUAAUAAGCAAAACGUGCAGGGAUUCGCACACACCCAGGUGGUGGAUCUUCUCAAGGAGUGUGCCGUGGGAGCCGAGACCAGCCUGGUGGUUCAGAGAGGUGGAACGGGUCACUAUUCACCCUGGAAGACCCCUAAGCAGGUGCUGGAGCAGUGGGAGUCCCAGCAGGGCCAGGGCAGCCCUGCUCAGACCAGCCUGUCAGCCCCUGUUAUUCCCCACAACGCCCCCUUCCCAACACACCAUCUCCACAGGGCCUCUGUCCCAGACUCAGCCUCCGAGGCCUUGGCCCUGGCUAAACCAGACCCUUAUGACCUUUAUGAGAAGUCCAGGGCUAUCUAUGAGAGUAGGCAACCUGGCCAAACAAGGGCAGUUUUUCCUGUGGACUCCUCAGGAGCAGAGUAUCAGGACAUAGAGGUGCACCUGCGCAGACAGAAGUCCGGCUUCGGUUUCCGGGUGCUGGGCGGGGACGAGGCAGGGCAGCCUAUCUUGAUCGGGGCCAUCAUCGAGAAGAGUCCGGCAGACCUUGAUGGGCGCUUGCGGCCUGGUGAUGAGCUGCUGUUUGUGGACGGGAUCCCGGUUGUGGGGAAGCCGCACAGAUACGUCAUUGACUUGAUGCACGGGGCGGCCCGAAACGGCCAAGUGAAUAUGGUCAUCAGGAGGAGGGUGCAGGCAGCAGGUGAGUCCUUUCCAGAGAACGGCCGUAGCCCGGGCUCUGUCUCCACGCAACACAGCUCCCCACGCAGUGACUUCACCUAUGGCAACAGCACCAGCACUACCCAGGCACCCAACGCCAACAUGGGCAACCCAACUGCCGCUUCGGACAGAACGUCGACCCCCAACACACAACCCAGUGAUGUCAUCAUCAAUCGAAAGGAGAGCGAAGGCUUCGGCUUCGUCAUCAUCAGCUCGCUCAACAGGCCCGAGGCGGCCGCCACCAGCACUGUGCCGCAUAAGAUUGGCCGCAUCAUCGAGGGCAGCCCGGCCGACCGCUGCGGGAAGCUGAAGGUGGGAGACAGGAUACUGGCAGUGAACAGCCAGUCCAUCGUCAACAUGCCGCACGCCGACAUCGUUAAGCUGAUCAAGGAUGCGGGCCUCAGCGUCACCCUGAAGAUUAUACCGCAGGAGGAGAGCAGCAAUCCCCCAUCAGCCCCUAGCUCUGAGAAACAGAGCCCCAUGGCCCAGCAGCACAGCCCGAAGACCCAGCCAAGCACCGCUGCCUCACUGCCCAACCCAGCAGUCACAGAACCCAACCCUUUGGUUAACCAGCCCAAUCCCAUGCCUCACCAGAGCCCUGUGACCCAGCUGCCCGCCCCUCCUCCUCAGACCUACAUCCACGAGAGCAGUUUCAGGUCAGAGGUGAAAGCAAGGCAAGAUGUUAAACCAGACAUCAGACAGCCACCAUUCACAGAUUACCGACAGCCGCCGGUGGACUACCGGCACCCUCCUGUGGCAGACUACAGGCAGCCACCCACGUUGGACUACAGACACCCGCCGUUGCUUGACUACAGACAGCUAGCUACUGACACCAGGCAGUUCACCAUCCCGGACUACCGAAUGCCACCAGUUCAACUUUCACAGGACUUCGACUUUUUCACAGUGGAGUUGGAGAAAAGUGUGAAAGGCUUUGGUUUUAGCAUCCGCGGAGGGCGGGAGUACAAGAUGGACCUGUUUGUCCUACGCCUGGCAGAGGACGGACCGGCCAUCCGCAAUGGGAGGAUGAGGGUUGGGGACCAGAUAAUUGAGAUCAAUGGAGAGAGCACCCGGGACAUGACCCAUGCCAGGGCCAUCGAGCUGAUCAAGUCUGGAGGCAGACGCGUCCGUCUCCUCCUAAAGAGGGGUACGGGGCAGGUCCCAGAGUACGAUAAUGCCGCCCCAUGGGAUGCCUGCCCUUCAGCCUCCCCAAGCCUGUCGGAAGUAGCCCCUCCCAUCGACAGCCUUUCCAUGUCAUCGCCUUCAUCACAUCUGGCCCCGGCCCCUGACCCACCUCACCUGCCGCCUCUGGACGUCCCUCAAGACCCGGUGGCACGAGACAGCUGGACGGAGCGUUCGAAGAGCCCCCAGAAGGCAGAGCUGCUAAAUCCAGAUCCGAUCAGCCAGGGGAGAAGAGCGGCUACAACCGGCGGGAGCGGCAGAGCCAAGAAGGGGGGUGGCAGGUCCACCCACAAGGGGCACAAGGUUCAGCCCACUACUGAGGGGGAAGUGGGCAAGGAGUGGCGGAGCGGGGAGCUCAAACCUUCCAGGAGCACCAGAGGGGGGUCCAAGGAGAGAUUUACUGAGGACAACCGAGAAUCUACCGAAUCUCCCAGCAGCUCCAAGCUCCCGCACACUAACGGGAACAGCAGGGAAGAUGUGGAAUGUUACGGUGGAGGGCAGCAGGUGGAGUCGGAGCUGAGCAGACCCAGGCCCAGGGAACUGGACAGGGGCCUGGGAGAGAGCCGGCCCAGCCUUCCCAACAAGAGCACCAGCAGCGGCAGCGCAGCAGGGAGGAAGGCCACGGUCUCUCCUGGGCCUUGGAAGAUCCCUGGAUCAGACAAGCUGGCCAGCACACUGCACACAGGCCCGUCCACGCUGAGCAGAUAACACCGCGGCUCCAGCAGAACACAGUGGCCACACUCAUCUAAACUAAACCACCGCAUGUGGACGAAAGCACCAUCCUCACACCUUACUGUGCUCCUUUAUU